UUAGUAUAGGUCGGUAUUAAGCAAGCGGCAAUACACAAACACACGGGUAGCUAAGCAAGCUAGCCUCCUGAAUACUGUCAUGGCAAUAGAGUCAGCUCCGGCGCGAAAUGAGCGGCGCGGUCAGCACGUCGUGCUGCUGGCGAGCCCCGGCGCCGGCCACCUUCUGCCGGUGGCCGAGCUCGCCCGGCGCAUCGUCGAGUACGACGGCUUCACGGCCACGAUCGUCACCCACACCAACUUCUCCUCGGCGGAGCACUCCUCCACCUUCUCCUCCCUCCCGCCGUCCAUCUCCAUCGCCGCGCUCCCCGAGGUGUCCGUCGACGACCUCCCCGCCGACGCGCGCGUCGAGACCCGCAUCCUCACCGUCGUCCGCCGCGCGCUCCCGCACCUCCGCGACCUCCUCCGCUCCCUCCUCGACUCCCCCGCGGGCGUCGCCGUCUUCCUCUCCGACCUCCUCAGCCCGCGGGCGCUCGCCGUGGCCGCCGAGCUCGGCAUCCCGCGAUACGUCUUCUGCACCUCCAACCUCAUGUGCCUCACCUCCUUCCUCCACAACCCGGUGCUCGACCGGACGACCACCUGCGAGUUCCGCGACCUCCCGGGCCCCGUCCUCCUCCCGGGGUGCGUGCCGCUGCACGGCUCCGACCUCGUCGACCCCGUGCAGGACCGGGCCAACCCCGUGUACCGGCUCGUGAUCGAGAUGGGGCUCGACUACCUCCGCGCCGACGGCUUCCUCGUCAACACCUUCGACGCCAUGGAGCACGACACCGCUGUGGCGUUCAAGGAGCUCUCCGACAAAGGCGUGUACCCUCCGGCCUACGCGGUUGGCCCGUUCGUCCGGUCGCCCUCCGGCAAGGCGGCGAACGACGCCUGCAUACGGUGGCUCGACGACCAGCCGGACGGGUCUGUGCUGUACGUGUGUCUGGGCAGCGGCGGCACGCUGUCCACCGAGCAGACGGCCGAGGUGGCGGCGGGGCUGGAGGCGAGCGGGCAGAGGUUCCUAUGGGUGGUGCGCUACCCCAGCGACAAGGACAAGACGGCCAGCUACUUCAGCGUUAGCGGCGACGGCGACGGCGAGGACAGCCCGACGAACUACCUGCCGGAGGGGUUCCUCGAGAGGACCAAAGGCACCGGGCUCGCCGUGCCGAUGUGGGCGCCGCAGGUGGAGAUCCUGAACCACCGCGCCGUCGGCGGGUUCGUGUCGCACUGCGGGUGGAACUCGACGCUGGAGACCGUGGCGGCGGGCGUGCCGAUGGUGGCGUGGCCGCUCUACGCCGAGCAGAGGAUGAACGCCGUGAUGCUGUCGUCGUCGCGCGCGGGGCUGGCGCUGCGGCCGAGCAACGCCCGGGAGGACGGGGUGGUGACGCGGGACGAGGUGGCGGCGGUGGCGAGGGAGCUCAUCACGGGGGAGAAGGGCGCCGCGGCGCGGAGGAAGGCGCGGGAGCUGCGGGAGGCGGCGGCCAAGGCCACGCGGGCGCCGGGCGGCCCGUCGCGCCAGGCGUUCGAGGCCGUCGUCGGUGGCGCGUGGAAGAAGGCCGCCGCCGCUGCACGUGGCGGUCGUGCCGGCGAGCCCGACGACAACGGAACAGCAGUGACGGCCCAAUGAUUUGUGUCGGUGUCGGCAGAUCGAUCUGGUUCGUUCCCUCGCGCGCGCGCGGCGUUGUGGGCUCGUGCGGUUCCCUUCUUCCCCCCGGUUGCAAACACGUUUGUCUGCUUGGUUGGUGGUGGUCUGAUGUGUGUCAGUGUCACGCCUAGCUAGGCCUAGCUUGUCCAACCGGAGCUUUGGUGUUUGUACGUACCAUACGUGUUGUGCUCGGUAAUUGUACAUUAAGGGUGUUUAGUUCACGUUAAAAUUGAAAGUUUGGUUGAAAUUGAAAUGAUUGAUGUGACGAAAAAGUUAGAAGUUUAUGUGUAUAAGAAAAUUUGAUGUGAUGAAAAAGUUGAAAGUUUGAAGAUAAAGUUGAUAACUAUACAAGGGCAUACUCUCUCUAUCAAAAA